AUGUGUGCUUUACCGUCGUCAACAUCAACACCUUAUCGAGCCCCACUCAUCGCAGUCUCACAAUCCAGCUAUUAUUCUGACUUUAAUCCGUCAGCUUUGGCAUCACCGAGCAGCCGUCGUAUUCAUGCGAUGCAGAAGAAGGUCCCACUGGAAGCUGAUACCAAUACCAAUACCAAUAUGAGGAACGAGCAUCUGAAGGCUAGAAUCGACGUGUCGAAGGUGAAGCUCUCUUUGUUGCUUCUUACUCUGAUGUCGAUUGGUUCGAUUCUGUUUGCAUUUUUGGCGAUUCAAAUUCUACUGAGCAUUCACUCGAAUGUUGGAAUGCACGAGAAAUCAUUUGUAUAUACGCUCUCGCGAGAUUCUCUGAAACGUUUCAUAUGGGAAGCGUCGAGCUCCAUAUCGCUCAUCUCGAUAACGUCUUCGAUGUGCGCGUUCUUUAUCGCAACCAUACAGUUGUUCUUCGCUAUCAAAAUGCUGAAAAGUAGCCCUACGGCUAUCAGUAGAGUGUUGGCAUUUCUCAAUGAAGGACGAUACCUAAGAUGUGUUGUUUUCUCGAUAUGGUUCUUCUCGAUUCUUAUUUUCAUUGCAGGUGAAAUUCUUUGUGUUCAAUCAUGUUAA